GGCGCGAAAUCACCUCAUCAGUUUCGCAACGAACGCAAUAGAGUGUAAGUGUGAAAAGUGACGAGAAGUGUCGACUUGCGAAUUGUGUAUUAGAAAAAUUACUGCACAAGUGCACGAUUACUGUCAAUACCGCUAAGGAAACGAGAGAAAACUGACGAUGUCGCAAGCACCAGCAGUUGGAAUUGACCUGGGCACCACGUAUUCGUGCGUGGGUGUCUUCCAACAUGGGAAGGUUGAGAUCAUCGCUAAUGAUCAGGGCAACCGAACCACACCAAGCUACGUUGCCUUCACCGACACCGAGAGGCUGAUCGGCGAUGCGGCGAAAAACCAAGUCGCCAUGAACCCCAGCAACACUAUCUUCGAUGCAAAACGCUUGAUUGGUCGUCGCUUCGACGAUACAACGGUACAAAGUGACAUGAAGCAUUGGCCGUUCACAGUAGUCAAUGAUGGUGGCAAGCCAAAAAUCAAGGUGUCUUAUAAAGGUGAGAUGAAGACCUUCUUCCCCGAGGAAGUAUCCUCCAUGGUCCUGACGAAGAUGAAGGAAACAGCAGAAGCAUAUUUGGGCAAAACUAUAACAAAUGCCGUCAUCACUGUGCCAGCUUAUUUCAAUGAUUCUCAGAGGCAAGCAACGAAGGAUGCUGGCGCUAUUGCUGGCCUGAAUGUUCUCAGAAUAAUAAACGAGCCUACGGCAGCCGCGAUAGCGUACGGUCUCGAUAAGAAAACUGCAGGAGAGAAAAAUGUCUUGAUUUUCGAUUUGGGCGGUGGUACCUUCGAUGUGUCGAUCCUGACUAUUGAAGAUGGUAUCUUUGAGGUGAAGUCUACAGCCGGCGAUACACAUCUCGGUGGCGAAGACUUUGAUAAUCGAAUGGUGAAUCACUUUGUACAAGAGUUCAAGAGGAAAUACAAAAAAGAUUUGAGCAUCAACAAAAGGGCUUUGAGACGUCUGAGGACUGCCUGCGAGAGAGCGAAGAGAACGUUAAGUUCAUCGACGCAGGCAAGCAUUGAGAUUGACUCGUUGUUCGAGGGUAUUGACUUCUACACGUCGAUCACCAGGGCCAGAUUUGAGGAGCUCUGCGCCGACUUGUUCAGGAGCACCCUUGAACCCGUGGAGAAGGCGCUUAGGGACGCAAAGAUGGACAAGGCUCACGUUCACAGCAUCGUUCUAGUCGGUGGCUCUACCAGAAUACCAAAGAUCCAGAAGUUACUUCAAGAUUUCUUCAACGGCAAAGAAUUGAACAAGUCUAUCAAUCCAGAUGAAGCCGUCGCUUAUGGCGCAGCAGUUCAGGCGGCUAUUCUACACGGUGAUAAAUCCGAGGAAGUCCAAGAUCUGCUUCUGCUGGACGUAACUCCGUUGUCAUUGGGUAUUGAGACCGCUGGCGGUGUCAUGACCACCUUGAUCAAGAGGAACACGACGAUACCAACAAAGCAGACCCAGACGUUUACCACAUAUUCUGACAAUCAACCGGGAGUGCUUAUCCAAGUCUAUGAGGGAGAAAGAGCAAUGACCAAGGAUAACAAUAUCCUUGGCAAAUUCGAACUAACAGGAAUACCUCCAGCGCCUAGGGGUGUGCCGCAAAUUGAAGUUACCUUCGAUAUCGAUGCCAAUGGCAUAUUGAACGUUUCUGCGAUUGAGAAAUCUACCGGCAAAGAAAAUAAGAUCACGAUUACCAACGACAAGGGUCGCUUAUCGAAAGAGGACAUAGAAAGGAUGGUGAACGAAGCCGAGAAAUACCGAUCGGAAGAUGAACAGCAACGAGAAAGGAUUGCUGCCAAGAACGCUCUCGAGUCGUACUGCUUCAAUAUGAAGAGUACAAUGGAAGACGACAAAGUUAAAGAUAAAAUCGAUGCAUCUGACAAGGAGAAAGUCAUUUCCAAAUGCAACGAGGUCAUUUCCUGGUUAGACGCCAAUCAAUUAGCGGAGAAGGAAGAAUUCGCCGAUAAGCAGAAAGAAUUGGAAGCUAUUUGCAAUCCCAUUGUCACAAAAUUGUAUCAAAGUGGCGGAGCGCCUGGUGGUUUCCCUGGUGGUUUCCCUGGUGCUGGCGGUGCAGGAGCCAAUCCUGGUUCCGGUGGUGCUGGGCCAACCAUCGAGGAAGUCGAUUAAAAAAUCGACGUAUUUUUGUUUUUUUUCUCACGCAACUUUGACUACAUCAAAUUUCGUUUUAUUUCGUUCCAUUUCGUUUCGUUUCAUUCAACAAUAGUAUUAUUAAUUUAAGUUAACACAUUUAUAUUGUAAAAACGAGUUUUUUAUUUUGUGAAAAUCACAAAUUGUUAUCUACUGAUAAGUUAUAAUAAAUAUUAAUAUUUAAUAUUACUCAA